UCUGAGCAGUAGACUUGCUGUCCAUAAAAAGAUCCAUAGAGGAGAGAAGCCGUAUAAAUGCAUGGAGUGUGGAAAGACGUUUACUCAGAGCAGUGGACUUAGAAGCCACAAAAAGAUCCACACCAGAGAAGCCAUAUAAAUGCAUAGAGUGUGGAAAGAUGUUUACUCAGAGCAGUGGACUUAGAAGCCACAAAAAGAUCCACUCAGGAGAGAAACCAUAUAAAUGCAUGGAGUGUGGAAAGACCUUUGCUAAUAACAGUGACCUAAGAAUACACAAAACGAUCCACACAGGAGAGAAGCCGUAUAAAUGCAUGGAGUGUGGAAAGACGUUUACUAAGAGCAGUGGCCUUAGAAGCCACAAAAUGUUCCACACAGGAGAGAAGCCGUAUAAAUGCAUGGAGUGUGGAAAGACCUUUGCCCAGGACAGUUAUCUUAAAAGGCACAAAAAGUUCCAUGCAGGAGAGAAGCCGUAUAAAUGCAUGGAGUGUGGAAAAACAUUUACUCAGAGCAGUGGACUUAGAAGGCACAAAAAGAUCCAUUCAGGAGAGAAACCAUAUAAAUGCAUAGAGUGUGGAAAGACCUUUGCUAAUAACAGUGACCUA